UUUCUCUCUCUACACUCUUUCUAUAUCUCAAACUACUACACUACUGUGUACCCCAAAGAAAAAACCCAACAUCCUUUACUUUUUCAAAAUGGAGGAAUGCAACAACAAUGAUAAGAGAAAGCGAGUUCGGGAUGACUCGGAGGUGGACUCGUCCGAGUCCAAGCAUCUCCGAGUCGACUCCGAUUCUGAUGCUAACUCGUCCGAGUCUCAGCUUACCCGGCUUAACUCGAGCGAGUCAUGCAUGGACUCGAACGGGUAUGAACUCGUACGAGUUGAACCGGAAGACUCGCUCCUUGACUCGUCUGAGGUUAAAGAUAUUCCAGAUGACCUUCUGAACAUGUUCGACGACGCAGAUAAUGUGACGGAGCGUGACCCCAUCGUGCAGAUGCAGGGUCUCGACUCAGUUAUCAAAAGCUUCGAAGAGGAAAUACUUGCCCCGGUUUCGUACCCGGAUCCGGAUGUUGAAUCCGUUUCCGGGGAGUUCAAGCUGAACCUCGGGUAUCUAUUGGAAGCGUCCGAUGAUGAACUCGGUUUGCCGCCGACGGUGGCGUCGACCGAGAAGGAAGGGAGGCGGGAAAGCGAUGAUUCGGGUCGGGUCGGCCCGGAAGGGUUGGAUUUGACCGGAUUCUUAGGGUUUGAAGAUGAGUUUCGGAACUACGAAGCCUUUGGGUUGGUGGGGUAUGACGCCGACGAUAACGGCGGCGGUUAUGUUACAAUAGAUGGGUUGUUUGAUUAUUCCGAACCGGUUGAUAUUUUGUGGCGGUCGGAGUCGUUACAAGCUAUGUAGGACGUUUCCGGCGUGGCGAGGUUUUAUGGUUGUCUUGCCGGAACGUUUGAUUAAUGGCAUAUUAUUGGAACAUGUAAA